AUGUCCUUUGGACCAUCACGGCACAGACAGGAGGGCGUUGUGAUCGCCAAUCACCAAGCAGCACAGGGACCACAGCCAAUCACCGAGCAGCACAAGGACCACAGCCAAUCACCAAGCAGCACAGGGACCACAGCCAAUCACCGAGCAGCACAAGGACCACAGCCAAUCACCAAGCAGCACAGGGACUACAGCCAAUCACCAAGCAGCACAGGGACUACAGCCAAUCACCAAGCAGCACAGGGACCACAGCCAAUCACCAAGCAGCACAGGGACCACAGCCAAUCACCAAGCAGCACAGGGACCAUAGCCAAUCACCAAGCAGCACAGGGACCACAGCCAAUCACCACGCAGCACAGGGACCACAGCCAAUCACCAUGCAGCACAGGGACCACAGCCAAUCACCAAGCAGCACAGGGACCAUAG